UAAGUAUCAAACGAGUCAGCGACACGAAGUAACAAGUAAAAAUGAAAAAACUAUUGGCCUUGUGUCUUGUCUUGAGUACGUUAUUUUCGAUGGGUCACUGCGCGGUUUCGGAGGGUGACAUCAUCGUGAAAGAUGGUCACCGCGUUGUUGUGGUGGAGUACGACGGAGACGUCGAAACCAACACUAGAGUCUUGAUUUCACCUCCGGGAAAAGAAGAAGAGAAGAGAAGAGACGAAGGGGAAGUGUUUGGAAAUGAGAAGAAAGAAACGGCGUCGUCUCUUCCAGAAGAGGAGGAGCGUGAACACCACGCGUCGCCAGGGGAACUUAUAUGCGAUGCGAUCGGUAAGUGUAAGCACAAGAUGGCGACUGUGUUAGGGAGAGUCAAGGAUCGAACGGCUAGUGAUCUUUCCGAAGAGAAGAUAGGACGUGAGGCACGUGACGUGGAAGAAAAGGUCUCAGGGACAGCACAUGAAGCUAAGGAAACGGUGAAGGAAAGGGCCACAAAGAAAGCUCAUAGGGUCCAAAAAGUUUUGGAGAAUUCGAAGGUCGCGGUGCGGGGGAUAGGGACGGCGGUUGCGGCGGCUCUGGGGCUGACGAAGAUCGGGAGCGUGGUGGGAAUUGUUGGGAUCGCGGCAGCGUAUGGGAUGUGCGUGUGGGUGACGUUCGUGUCGGGCUACGUGUUGGCUUCGGUGCUUGGGGAGCAGCAAUUCGGUGUGGUGCAGAGCAAGAUGUAUCCGGUGUACUUCAAGGCAGUCACUGUAGGGAUUUUGGUUGGGUUGUUAGGACACGUCAUCAGCCGGCGCCGGAAGGUUUUUACCGAUGCGGUGGAUAUGUGGCAAGCCGUUAACCUCUUGGCCUCGAUCUUGAUGGUCGAAGCUAAUGCGUCAUUUGUUGACCCACGAGCCACCAAGGCAAUGUUUGAGCUGAUAAAAGCUGAAAAGGAAGAAGGAAGAGGACUUGAUACGUCAGAGACACAGUCUAGUGAAACAGCAGCUCGAACCAGAGGUAAGAAGAAGGUUACAGAGAAGAUGGAUCAGGAUGCGGUGAAGCAGAGACUGACAAAUCUGAGCGAGAGGAUGUAUAGGUUAAAUGCGUACUCGUCGCGGCUAAAUUUACUAACUCUGAUGUCUCUUACUUGGCACUUUGUGUAUCUCGGCGAUCGACUUAGCCUUACUUGUUGACUGUUGAGGGAUCAAGCCACUGAUAGUUUUUGUUUGUGUGGUUUAAUGUUUGUGUUAUAUGUCUCCUCCUCCUUUUUUCAAGCUAAGGUUGAGUAAAUUAAAGAAAAUUAAAUUUGUAUAGAGAGAAUUGUUUUUGCUUUUGCAGCAUUACACAUAAUGAGAAUG